AGGUUUACAAAUGAUCUUUUUUCUCUAUUUUAUAGUGACUUCCCAGCUAAUAUACUUGGAUCUUUCCUUAUGGGAUGGUUUGGGUUUGUGUUUAAACCCACCAUCUUGGAAUUCUCGGAGGAGUUAGCCCUCGGGCUUACUACGGGGUUCUUGGGAAGCCUCACCACCUUCAGCGGUUGGAUCCGGAAAAUGCUCACUUUAACAACCCAGGGGCAAUGGGUGUAUGGUCUUGUGGGCCUUCCAUUAGGUAACCAGUUGAAUACGAGAAAGAAAUUCAUAUUUAUUUUCUCGACUGGAAAGAAAUUGGGGCAAUUCAUGGACCAUGAAGGCCAUUACAAAACCUCUUGCUUUGAUGGGAAAUGUUGGGUUAAGAGCUGUAGGGAUAAGAUGGUCCAAGAAAUUAGGGUUGGCUUGUUGUUUGGCCCACUUGAUGUAUGGACUAGAUGGUUUCUUACUCGGUUUAACGGUAGAGGCUUUGGGCCUAAUCAGCGCCUAAUGUGGAUUCCAUGGGGGACUUUACUUGCUAAUGUAGUUGCUGCGGGGAUUAUGGUGCCUUUAUCCGCAUUGAACAUAGCUUUUUCAGGGUUGGUAAAUUGUGCAUGCAUUUUGCAGAAAAAAACUGAACAUUAUCAGACUGUUAUAGAGGUGCUACAGCUUGGGUUCUUGGGCUGUAUGAGCACAGUCUCGACAUUUGUUGCAGAAUUUUAUUCCUUGGUUGAGAGCGGCCAUGUUUGGAGAGCUUUUGGGUAUUCGAUUUUUAGUAUUGGAUUGUCAUUUGCUUUGGGGACUUUGGUAUACUCUGUAGCUGUUUGGACCAAGGGUCACGCUUUUACAGAUGGAAGGUGAACCAUAGGAUUAUUGCAAAACCAAUAAGAACUCUCUCUGCUAUCUACCACCAAUUUUCAUUGAAAUAUGUCUGGUUUUUGAGACCUCAAUGAGAAUAAUGUCUUACCAAUUUGCCCAUCAUCAAUUUUACCAUCAACAAGGGGUGCCACACCCAACAUGCUCCUACCAUUAGAGACUCUUAGAAGAAUGGGAGCUUUUACAAUUAGAAACUAUAUUGAAAUUGUAUGGAUUAUGGACUGUGGGAAAAACGUCAUUGUGGUCCUCCAAAAUGAUGAACUAGUCAUGGACACACAGUUACCAUUAGUGCAUUAGUUCAAUCAGCAAUGACAAUGUUCCUGACCAUCCGAACUUUGGCUCUCCCCUAACUGACUGUGGCUGCCUUUUCCCUCAUGCAUGGGACUGCAUAUUAAUUGUAAACAAUGCAAAACUCUGGUCCAUUGGGUCAUCACAGCCCAUUGAAAUGAUGAGAGAUGAUGAAGAGAGUGGAGUCGACUCUCGUGGGCGCAGCCCACUAUAUUGCUCAACCACAGUCCAAUUUGUCCUUAGAAGUUGCCACCACGGGUUUUCAAGAGGCCAUUGAAUUAUAGGAAGGCAUACAAAUAUGAAUGUGUGAACUGGUAUUAACUGCAUUGAUGAGCUUAACAACAUAAAUCUUGAAAACAUUUGUUUUGUUGUAAGACUUACCUAGUUGGCAGAGUUACAUGAGUACUUCAACAUUCUUAUUGUGUCGCGUUUUUACCUGUAUAACAGUGAUGACAUGGUCUCAACAUGUUGUCCAUAUAUGUGUCAGAUAUUGUGGUUGGGGAACGAUCAUGUGUAUUUUAAGCCUCAACAUGUUGUCCAUACAUAUGUCAGAUAUUGUAGUAAGGGGAAUGAUCAUGUGUAUUUUAAAUAUUACUGACUUGCAGUGUAUUGUAUUCUUUUUGUCCCUUCAUUUUGCAAAAUGCCAUUUACCCCAAUUCUCUCUUUCCUGGUCUUUUUGAAACUCACUCCCAACAACACUCAUCAUCCUGCAACUACAAGAUCGAGCUUCAUACCAACUCGAACAUCAAUUGACCAGAGUGAAGGACAUCUCUUUUCACCCUAACAUUUUGCAACUCUAGGACUGCUUCCAAAGCACUGAUCCACUCUAUGUAAUGAUCCAGUUUUGUCUUACAAUACUAUCUAAUUUACGACAAAAAAUAUUGCUCUGUAAAUUUAUGGAAUUGAAUUUAGAGAAAAUUAUGGUAAUAUCCGUUAUAGUUUCCAUUAUUACGGUUACACUAAAUAGUUUUCGUUAUUACA